AUGUUCCCGUGGUUCGACAUUCGCACGAUCAAUCUGAUCAACUUUCUGUUCGUCAACCUGAUCGUCACCGUUGUGGUUCUGGGUGGACUAUUGGCAACUAUCGAGAAGCAUCUACCAACAGCCAUUCGACAGACGUUUCGCUACGGUAAACAUGCACUUAAAGGUACGCCGGAUCGUUUGGUGUCUUUGCUGGAGGUCCCCAAGGCAUGGUUCAAACACUUCUACGUCUUUGCUGCUGCUUGGGCGCUAGCUGGGUUUGCUGUGAUGAUGGGAACGUACAUUUCUGGCAAACCAGCUCCUGAGUACGUGAUAACAUUCCUCGAUACCAUGGCUACAAAUAAGCGCAUGGUGCGUACGACACCGACCGAAACAAUGAUUGCCAUGACGCUGAUCACGUUACAAUGCUUACGACGGUUCUACGAAACCUGGUUCGUGCAGGUGUUUUCCAGCAAGUUGAAAAUCAACCUUUCGGCGUACCUCGUCGGAUACAUUCACUACUUCGGCACGGUCGUGGCAAUCCUUUCUCAGGCAGAAGGAUUCACCCGCAUGGGUCCCGUAUCGCUACCUACCAAUGGGUAUCGGUUUGAGCCCACCUUAUCAUUAGGUUUAGCUAUCGGAGUGUUUUAUUACGCCUGGUUCCACCAGUAUCGUUCAAACGUUAUCCUAGCCAACUUGCGCAAAGACAAAACUGGAAAGGUGGUCAACCAUAAGCACAGCCUACCGACCGGGGACUUCUUCGAAGUCGUUUCCUCGCCGCACAUGUUCUUCGAGAUCGUGAUGUACGUCGUGCUGUUCGGGGUGUUGCAUCGGAACAGCUCGAUGGUUUACGUGCUACUAUGGGUGCUUUCGAAUCAGCUGAUGAACUCGUGGCUCACACACCAGUGGUACGUGGAAAACUUUCCCAACUAUCCGAAGCAAAGGAAAGCUCUCGUACCUUACGUGCUGUAA